CUGAUGAAGGCCCUUUAGAGGAUGCAGACCUGUCACCACACAGUGACCUGUCCACUGAAGAGAUGCCAACGGAGGACAGUAAAACUACUGACACAGAGGAGAGUCCAGAGGGAGAAAAAGUUGAAGAGGAGGAGACUGCAGUAGCUGAGAACUCCACCGAGGAACAAGGUGAUAACAACGAAGAUGUUACUAAAACCACAGAGGAACAAGGUGAUAACAACGAAGAUAUUACUAAAAUCACUGAGGAACAAGGUGAUAACAAGGAAGAUAUUACUAAAACCACAGAGGAACAAGGUGAUAACAACGAAGAUGUUACUAAAACCACAGAGGAACAAGGUGAUAACAACGAAGAUAUUACUAAAACCACAGAGGAACAAGGUGAUAACAACGAAGAUAUUACUAAAACCACAGAGGAACAAGGUGAUAACAACGAAGAUGUUACUAAAACCACAGAGGAACAAGGUGAUAACAACGAAGAUAUUACUAAAAUCACAGAGGAACAAGGUGAUAACAACGAAGAUGUUACUAAGAGGAUUACCACAGAGGAACAAGGUGAUAACAACGAAGAUAUUACUAAAACCACAGAGGAACAAGGUGAUAACAACGAAGAUGUUACUAAAACCACAGAGGAACAAGGUGAUAACAACGAAGAUGUUACUAAAACCACUGAGGAACAAGGUGAUAACAACGAAGAUGUUACUAAAACCACAGAGGAACAAGGUGAUAACAACGAAGAUGUUACUAAAACCACAGAGGAACAAGGUGAUAACAACGAAGAUGUUACUAAGAGGAUUACCACAGAGGAACACGCUGAUAACAAGGAAGAUGUUACUAAAACCACCGAGGAACAAGGUGAGAACAAGGAAGAUAUUACUAAGAGGAUUACCACAGAGGAACAAGGUGAUAACAACGAAGAUAUUACUAAAACCACAGAGGAGGACUCAGACAGUGUGGUUGGUGAGAAGAGCCUGGAGACCAAGCUACAGGGAAGUCUGGAGAACCUGGUCCUGGAGAAAUGAAGGAUGGAGAGGGGAAGGGGAGAGAGAAGGAGUAGGAUGAGGCACCGGAUAAAGCUGAGGAGGUUGGAGAAGCAGGGGAUGACGGUCCAUCUUCAACAGAUGGAAAAUAGUAGAAAGAGAAAGUGGAUAGAGGAAGACGAGAUGAAUCGUACCAUGUGGAAAAGAAAGAUGAGGAGGAAGUAGACAAGGAACCUGGAACUGAGACAGAUUCUGAGACAGAGGAGGGAGGAAGUAGAUAAGGAACCUGGAACUGAGACAGAUUCUGAGACAGAGGAGGGAGGAAGUAGAUAAGGAACCUGGAACUGAGACAGGAUAGAGAUAGAUAGAGAGGUGAUCCUUCAGAGACAGGAGAAGAUAGAGGUGAUCCUUCAGAGACAGGAGAAGAUAGAGAGGUGAUCCUUCAGAGACAGGAGAAGAUAGAGAGGUGAUCCUUCAGAGACAGGAGAAGAUAGAGAGGUGAACCUUCAGAGACAGGAGAAGAUAGAGAGGUGAACCUUCAGAGACAGGAGAAGAUAGAGAGGUGAACCUUCAGAGACAGGAGAAGAUUCUGAGGUGAACCUUCAGAGACAGGAGAAGAUAGAGAGGUGAACCUUCAGAGACAGGAGAAGAUAGAGAGGAGAACCUUCAGACAGGAGAAGAUAGAGAGGUGAACCUUCAGAGACAGGAGAAGAUAGAGAGGUGAACCUUCAGAGACAGGAGAAGAUAGAGGUGAACCUUCAGAGACAGGAGAAGAUAGAGAGGUGAACCUUCAGAGACAGGAGAAGAUAGAGAGGUGAACCUUCAGAGACAGGAGAAGAUAGAGAGGUGAAGAGAGAGAAGGAUGAUGCAACUACUUUUUACUUUUUUAAAGAUACCAAAACAGACAAGUCUGCAAAGGAGAAAGGAGAGGGGGGUGACAAAGAGGAGAGAAAUGGGGAGGGAGAAUCAUCAGAAGAGGAAGAAACAGGGAGAGAGACCUGGGCCCAGAGACCGGAGACCCGAGACCCGAGACCCGAGACCAGGUAAAAGGUUCCAAUGAGAAGAUCAAAGCAACAAAGAGGAGUUGGACGUGUUGUUUAAGAAAAGCCUUAAGGGAGAAGGGUGACAAGACUAGCAUGUAGGGAACAAAGAAACAUAUCACUAUAAUCCACCACAACAACACAAUAUUACAUUAUCAGGGUUCUUAAUUAACAGGAUUUUUAAACAUUUUCUUAACAAUGUGGUGCUGCUGAGCAAAGUGCCUCUCUUACGUUCUUCGAGGGGAAUAUCCUGGAUAUCAUGUGGGAUUAUAUGUGGGAUUAUAUGUGGGAUUAUAUGUGACUGGUUGUUUAGCUACAUAGGGUACACAGCUAUAGGGGAGUCUCUAUUUGAAGUAUAGUGUAAAUCAUUAUUUAUAUGUGGGAUUAUAUGUGACUGGUUGUUUAGUUACAUAGGGGUACACAGCUAUAGGGGAGUCUCUAUUUGAAGUAUAGUGUAAAUCAUUAUUUAUAUGUGGGAUUAUACGUGGGAUUAUAUGUGA